AUGCAGCAGCCAGCUCUUGUUGAUGGGCUCGCUGCAGCCAAAGCAGCAGCAGCAGCAGCACUGGCCCCAGCAGCAGCAGCGCCAGCAGCAGCAGCACCAGCUGUAGCGGCUUCAGACGCAGCUAAUGCAGCAGAAGCAGCAGCAGGAGCAACACUAUCAGCAGCGCCAGGAAUAGCAGCUCCCGCAGCAGCAGCAGCAGCAGCAACUCCCGCUGCAGCAGCAGCAGCGCCUGCAACGGUAACAGCAGCACCAGCAGCAGCAGCUGCACCGGCGAGGAUGCCAGCCGCCGCUGCAACAUUUGCAGCAGCGGCACCGGCAAAGGAAACGUCAGCUGCUGCAGCAGCAGCAGCUGCAGCAGCAGCAGCGAGCGGAGCAGCAGCUGCUGCUUCUCCUCACUCAACGUCUGUGUCUCCCUUUGCAGCAGCAGCAGCAGCAGCAGAAGCAGCUGCUGCUUCUGCUGCGGCUUCCCCGUCGAGCAGCUUCGAGAGGGAGCCCGCAAACAACGCCCACAGCAGCAGCAGCAGCAGCAACAGCAGCAGCAGCAGCAGCAGGGGCAGCAGCGCAGCAGUAGCAGCAGCAAGAAGAGCAGCACCCGGGGUCCGCUACAGCAGCAGCAGCGGCGCCUGGUGCUGCUGCUGGCUUGAUGCAGCAAACAGACACAAGUACAAAUACUUCAGGGUUAGGGAUUUCGGGGACGAACAGGCGCGGCUGCUCGCGGAGAAGUACUGGAGUCUCAAAGUAGCGGGAGGAGAUGCGGAGCAGCAGCAGCAGCAGCAGCUGCAGCAGCAGCAGCAGCAGCAGCAGCAGCAGCAUGGUGUUGAGUCCCCGGCGUCUGCUGACUCUGUGUCUGUCUCUGGCUGCGGCGGCGCAGCGGCCUCAGCCGCAGCAGCAGAAGCAGCAGCUGCUGCUGCACCAUCGCCAGCAGCAGCAGCAGCAGCAGCAGCAGCAGAAGAGCUGCCAGAAGGUGUUUACUCGCGAGGGUCUGGGCUAAAUGCUUCUUGGAUUUGUCGCUGGUCUUCGGGGGGCCGCAAAUACAGCCGCAGCUUUGCUGCUUCCAAGUACGGCCCUGCAAUGGCCCGAGAGCUGGCGCUGAGGUUCCGGCAGCAGCUAAAAGACGCAGAGGCAGCAGAAGGCAGCACCAGCAGCAGCAGCAGCAGCAGCAGCGCGUCUGCUGCAGCAGCAGCUGCAGCAGCAGCAACGCCGGACACCGAAGUGCUGUUCACCACAGACCCCGACAACCCCGACUCCAGCAGCAGCAGCAGCAGCAGCAGCAGCAGCAGCAGCAGCAGCAGCUGCGGCUUCCGGUUCGACGCAGAAGGGGUGCGCUGGAUCUGCUGGUGGAGGUCGGGGGCAGCAGCAGCAGCAGCAGCAUUUGUUGUGGGGCGCUGCAUGUUUUGCUGCUGCUGCGCCUGCGGUGAUGAAUGCUGGGUUGCUGCAGCUUCGGGCGGAGCCAGCUCACAAACAAGCAGGCUGCUGCUGCUGCAGCAAUGGCUGCAGCAUGCUGCAGCAGCAACGGCUGCAGCAGCAAUGGCUGCAGCAGCAACGGCUGCAGCAGCAAUGGCUGCAGCAGCAACGGCUGCAGCAGCAAUGGCUGCAGCAGCAAUGGCUGCAGCAGCAAUGGCUGCAGCAGCAAUGGCUGCAGCAGCAAUGGCUGCAGCAGCAAUGGCUGCAGCAGCAAUGGCUGCAGCAGCAAUGGCUGCAGCAGCAAUGGCUGCAGCAGCAGCGGCUGCAGCCGCAUUAGUUGUUACUUCUGUCGUUACCUGA